UGUCCUGACGCUAUAAAAACGGUGCUUCGCCAAAGAGAAAUUUAAAGCUUACAACUCAACAGUGAAAUUAAGCUGAAAUACUUCAUUUGGAAAAAUAAUCGCGAUCAAAAACUGAAAAAAUGGAUCCUUGUGAAUGCUCUAAAACUGGCUCUUGCAACUGCGGUGGAUCCUGCAAGUGCUCCAACUGCGCAUGCACCAGUUGUAAGAAAAGUUGCUGCCCCUGCUGUCCUUCCGACUGCAGUAAAUGUGCUUCAGGCUGUGUGUGCAAGGGCAAGACCUGCGAUACCAGCUGUUGUCAGUGAGGCCUGGUGCAUGACGUGACAAUGCAGUCAUUCCCUACGAAAUUGGUUGUACCAUCUUGAGCCUAGAUUUAGUACUUUGUCUGUUAAAUGUAAAAAAAUAAAUUGCAUAUAACUUA